AUGGACCCGAACGACGCUAAGCUAGUACACCUCUAUAACCUAGCGCACUAUAAAUGUCUAAAUCCAUUGCUGACAAGACAUGCUGUUGAUUCGGAUAUUGCCGUUUCUAAAGCUGGAAUCGUUACCUUGAGACCACAAUCACACUGCUCUGCCUGUGGUACCUUCCUAAUACCAGGACUCACAUCGUCGACGAGAAUCAAAUACACCAAAGGAAAGUCUGGUCGCUCCAGAAAACUAGAUAUUACUUGUCUAGUGUGCUCAUAUGUUAGAUCGGAGGACUGUCUUCUAAACAGAAAGCGUGCUGUCACCCCACAAAACGAUACAGGCGUAUCAAAGAGUAAGAAAAAGAAGAAGAAGAAUAGUAAUCUUUCUUCCUUACUAGAGCAGAAGAAGCAACAGAGCAACAACUCUCUCCAAUUGUUCGAUUUUAUGUGA